CAUGUGACUUUAUGAACAGUCGAUUUUUUGUGUCAGGGAGAUUCACUAUUACAAGAUUAAUCCCAACCAAUCGAUCAACGAAAAAAGAAUAUAUGUGUACGUUAUGCUGUUGAUGCCAAGGUUUACGUUAUCUCAUCGAGUAUCGUUGCGUUUAGUUCAAGCUCACCGUACUCAGUCAACCGUUCGACUUAAAAACAUCACAAACAACUCCUCAGAAAGUUAUGCUCGUCCUAUGAAAGACAUGCCAGGACCUAAAGGACCACCGUACAUUGGUUCAAUCCAUCGGUACAUAAUGGCAGGAGGGUUGAAGAAUAUGCACAAAGUCCAGCAGAAGUUGUUUGAAGAAUUUGGACCAAUAUUCAAAGAAACAUUAUUCGGUCGAACGAUGGUCCAUGUUCUUGAUCCUGACGCAACAGCGAAGGUGUUUCGUUCAGAAGGAAAAUAUCCUGUGAGGAUAGGAAUUGAGCCAUGGACAAAGGUGUUCAACGAGCAAGGGCUUCAUUCCAUUGGUACCAGCGAUGGACCUGAGUGGAAACACCUCAGGAAAGCAGUACAGUCUAAAAUGAUGAGACCAAAGGAGCUGCACGACAACAUCUGGAAUUUCAAUCGUGUUGUCGAUGAUGCACUUGAAAGCAUACGUUGUGCAAGGGGUCGAGAUACUUCCGAGGGAGAAGUUGCUACUUUAUCAGAUGAAUUASAGAAAUGGUCUAUGGAGUCUGUUGGCGUACUAGUGUUUGAUACAAAGAUAGGGCUUUACGAAGAUCCACCUAGGGAAGGAGCAUUAGAGAGUAUACAAGCUAUUAAAGACACAUUUACUACCACGUACAAACUUGGCUUUGGCCCUGAAAGCAUGUUUUACAAAAAGUUUGAUACACCUUCGCUGAAAAAGUUACGCAAAAGUAUAAAAUUUUCCAGAGAUUUCGCGAAGAAGUACGUGAAGGUAAAAUUGGAUGAAUUGAGGGAAGAUUUAAAGAAUCCAGAAAAAUUGACUCAUGGGGAAGGGGUACCUUUGCUAAGUUUUCUGUUGGCUAAAGGAGAGCUUUCGGUAGAUGAAAUUGCGGACAAUUGCGUGGAUAUGUUUCUAGGCGGAGUUGAUACGACAUCUAUUAUGUUGAUGGGCGCACUGUAUAGAUUAGCCACAAAUCAAGAUGUCCAGGAACGCCUUCGUCAUGAAAUUGAAACAGUAACUGGUAAAGAUGGUGAGCUAACUUCUCAGGACAUGGGGAAGAUCCCCUACAUGAAGGCAUAUAUCAAAGAAGUGUUGAGAUUGGAUGGUAUUGCAAUAGGUGUUACAAGAGUUCUCGACCAAGACAUUGUUUUAUGUGGCUAUAAUGUUAAAGCAGGGACUCCAAUCUUGCAAAACAGCUACACAGCUGCGCGGUCAGAGACUUAUUUCAAAGAUGCUGAAACAUUCAAACCAGAACGCUGGCUGAGAGAUAGUGGCGAGGAGAUCCAUCCAUUUUCUUCUCUACCAUUUGGAUUUGGUCCCCGGAUGUGUAUGGGGAAACGAACUGCUGAACUGGAAGUGAUGCUAUUCUUGUCAAAGGUUGUUCAGAGAUUCAAGUUGGAAUACAAUCACAAGCCUUUAGAGAAAGUAACCAUUUUAAUGCUCCGACCARAAGAGAAGAAUAUCAAAAUCAAUUUCAUAGAUAGAGAUUAACCCCUUAAGUGCYGUAUACGACGUACUGAGUACGUCAUAAAAAACUGUAUACAAUGUGCCUAUAAUUAUGCCGUACUCAGUACAUCCAAAUUUGCAGUGUUUUAGUUAAAUCUUCGGCACAUCGUUGGCACUUGAUUCCGGCAUAUCGAAAUCAACUGUGUUUCUUGAGAGACUGGACACUAGUAUGUGAAUUACGUGCGUGAGCCUUUGGAGCGUGUAUGAAUAAAUUAAAUGCAUUUUCAUUCCAAGAUGGCCGCCAUCUUGUCAUCUUCGAUUUUGUUAGGUGGAAAUAUGACUUUUUUACGAGCUAAAACUUAGUAAUUUCAAACGAUUUAGUAAAUAAUGGCUCACUUUACUGCUCAAUAAGCAUUGGAUCAGUUAUGGAAUGAUUCUGGAGAGGAAAUAAGUUUUUUUUCUAAAUGUGACCCUGUAAAAUCACAAUUUUCCCACGAUUAUGACGUCAUAAUAAUAUAGAAUUACAAAAACACACUUCAUUCCAUGUUCAUUAGAAAGACAGAUUUCUUAGCUUCACAGAAAUAUAUACAUUGUUUAUGUUAGAGAGUAUGACUGUAGCUAAAAAAAAAUAUUUCCGAAGAUCACUAAAUUUGACAUAUUUUUGUGAGKCACACUGUGUACAAAGUGCAUUGGCAGCGAAGGRGUUAAUACCACAUCACAAUUACAAUAUCCAAAUCUUCACAAACAAUUACACAGCCAAUCAGUCAGAGACUUAUUUAUAGAUGCUACACUAAAUUAAAAAUAGUCACUGUGGCACAUGACCAAAAGAGAUGUAAGAUAGCUAGACCGUAUGAACAUAGAACAGAAAUUCUAACAAGUCAAUUUGUUUACUUACAAGGGUAGUAGAGGAGGGGAUGGGAGGGGGARGUGAAGCARCCUCGUUCCAACAAAGCGAGCAGAGAAGCUCUGGAACCGAGAUUGGAGUUGAAGGGGGCAYACUCCAUCUUAUUUUAAUAAAAUAUUUUWAAAAAWUUAAAAUUCAAUCAAAUUUCACUGCCCCCUUCAAAGAAAGCAGUUAUCAUAUGCAUUAAGCUUAUUAAAAUUUAACUAAGAUUAUAUAAAUAGCUUAUCAAAUAAAAAUGAAAGUCUCAAACCUUGAGUAGUCUUCUUGGUCCUUUUAAGCGAUUU